AAACGCGAAUUCUUGAUUUUUCGAGUGAUGGUCUUCUUGAUCCUCUCGCUGCCAUAGUCGGUCUAAUAAUCUUGUUUUGAUGGGGCUCGCUGGCUUCUUAUAUAUGUCAGAGGAUUUGGAAACCAAGAAAUGCUCUUUUUUUCAAUCCAUUCUAUGGUCUAGUGCUCAGAUGUUGCUUAUGGCCGCUAAUUAGAAAAUGGAAUUUGAUGAAGCUUUGCCUCAUUGAUCUACACAAUCCAAUGACGAUCGAUAUGGCUCUGUUCUGCAAUGGUCUCCCCCUCCAGUUGGCACCAAGGUGGUGCUGGUAUUGUUAUCAAGAAUCAUUCAUUCCAUUUCCACCACAUUUCUGAUCUAACUACUACAGAAGCCUUGGCUCCUCAAGUGGCUGCUUCCCUUGCUCUUGACAGGAAUGAUAACCAGAUGAUCUUCGAGGGUGAAGGUCUAUCAGUCAUCAAUGUCAUUCCUUGUAUUCUUUCAAUGAUCCUGUAUGGUGUUGUUUCUCUUGAUAAUUCUUUUGCUUGUAUUUUCUCUUGGCUCUUGCAGAAUUUAUAGGAGCUCAGUCUUUCUCUUUCAAUAAUACCAUCUCUCUUGGUCAAUAUAUAUUUACAUAUUUAAAGAUCAAAUUAGAAUAUUUAGGACGCAAUAGGUUUCCUCAAAACCAUACAAUUGAUGAACAAUCACGCAUCCCAUUAACCCUUUUGUAAUAAAUAUUCUAAUUAAUAUAUAGUUUAUAGCUUAUGGAUACUUUCACUUUUUUCUUUUCUAAUUCAUUAAAGUAUAAUUAAUCAGCCCAUAAUUAAGUAACCUGACAUUUUGCCGAACUUUGUGUACCUUACUAAUAGACGCAAAACAAGAACCGAAGUUUUGCGUAAGGUCCAAACACACUCCUCUCCCUCCUUCAUUUUUCCCUACAUAUAGUCUUUCUUUUAUUUAUUUCUCAACAAUUCCCCCUAUAUUCUUUCCUUUUAUUGCCUUCUGAUUUCAUUAAUCCAACGAUAGGAUACCCACUUAACCUACCCCCAGUGAUCUCAACCGUUACAUUAGCUUUGUGUUUUAGCAAGCUUUAUACACGCGCGCACACACCCCUGUCCUCUUGCCAUUUCCUUUGUUCAAUUUGUCGAUAUAUCUUAAGCAGCCUUUUUAUUUUCUCUGAACCCUCCACGGACGCCACCUUCCCUCAUUGGCAUCCACGUUUUUUUCUCUUGGUGCCUCCGUUGCUACACCGGUCCUUCCUGAUAAUGGAAAUGCUGGUACCACCGUGGCUUGAAUCACUAUUAUCGACUGCAUUCUUCACCGUUUGCCCCAGGCAUAGAGAUGCCCCACGUAGCGAAUGCAACAUGUUCUGCCUUGAUUGCAAUACCGAAGCCUUUUGCUUCUAUUGCCGAUCAACUCGACACAAAGAUCAUUCUGUUAUUCAAAUCAGAAGGUCAUCGUAUCAUGAUGUUGUUAGGGUUGCUGAGAUUCAAAAGGUUUUGGACAUUACUGGAGUUCAAACUUACGUUAUAAACAGUGCUAGAGUUCUUUUCCUUAAUGAGAGACCACAGCCCAAGAGUAGCACAAGUAAAGGAGUCCCUCAUUUAUGCGAAAUUUGUGGGAGAAGUCUUUUGGAUCCCUUUCGUUUCUGUUCUCUAGGAUGUAAGCUUGUAAGAAUAAAGAACAAUGGAGAUGCCACCUUUAACUUAAGCACCAAGGACGAGGAAGUAGGGGAAAUGAGAGAAGGAAUGGGAAGAAGAUUGCCAUCAAAGGAAGAAGAAGAAUUGCGUGAAGGAAGCCAACAAGAUAUGUACACAAGCACGCUAACUCCUCCACAUUCCAAUUCAAGGAGGAGAAAAGGCAUCCCCCAUAGGGCACCUUUUGGGUCCUAAUUAUUGACCAGCCUCCUCAAUAACUUCUUUUUAUGUAUAUCAAAGCUCAUUUAUUCUUCACAAGCCAGCACAUGGGGGAAGAUAAUCUCUGAUAAACAAAAUAGAUUAAUUUAAGGUGUAUCUUAUGGGGUGUGUUUUAAAGUUUUAACACAGAAAUAUAGUUGUAGUUUACAUUUAAGGGUUUUUUUUUUAUUUUUUUAUGGGGGGUUCCAAUAAUAAUGGUAGGAUUAAUGCUUGUGCAAUGGUGUAAAUGUUAUGUAUACACACACGAACGGUUUUUUUACAUAAAGUAACCAAUUAACAACUCAGCCUUUUUAAUUA